AUGGAGAACAUCACCACAGUGAAUGAGUUUCUUUUGCUGGAACUGACCUCUAUUCAGGAGCUGCAGCCUAUAGUCUUUGUGACCUUCCUCAUUCUAUACAUGAUAGACUUGUUUGGAAAUGUGUCCAUAUUAGUGAUUGUCAUCUCAGAACCAAGACUCCACUCCCCUAUGUACUUUUUCCUGGGAAAUCUUUCUUUUCUGGAUAUAUGCUAUUCUUCAGUGACACUGCCUAAACUAAUGUCAAACCUCCUCUCCACUCACAAAACCAUAUCUUUCAUAGGCUGCAUCACUCAGCUACACUUUUUCCACUUUCUGGGGGGCACUGAGGCCCUCUUGCUGACCAUUAUGGGCUUUGACCGAUUUGUGGCCAUCUGCUACCCACUUCGUUACACUAUUAUCAUGAACCCUCAGAUGCGUAUUCUCUUGGCAGCUGUGGCCUGGCUCAUCAGCUUCUUUUAUGCUCUGAUGCAUUCUGUCAUGACUGCAUGCCUGAACUUUUGCCACUCUCAAAAACUCCGCUACUUCUUCUGUGAUGUGAAGCCCCUUUUAGAAUUGGCUUGUGGGGACAUACGACUCAAUCAGUGGCUCAUUUUCAUUGUCACUUGCAGCUUAGCAAUGGCAUCAUGCUUCUUCACCCUCCUCUCCUACUUCUAUAUUAUUGGCUUUCUUCUGUUCAAGAGCCGGACCUGCAGUGUGCUCCACAAAGCCCUGUCCACUUGUGCCUCUCAUUUCAUGGUGGUAUCUCUCUUUUAUGGAACUGUGGCACUCACCUACAUUACCCCUACCUCUGCCACCUCUGUAAUACAGGAACGGUUUGUGGCUGUCAUACACACCACUGUCCCUCCAGUGCUGAAUCCACUGAUAUACACCCUUAGGAAUAAGGAAGUGAUGUCAGCUCUGAGGAGAGUCUUUGGGAGGAAAUUUAAGCUGUUUGUCUGA